CGGGGCGGGCCCAGCGGGGACGGCCGCUGCCCACCGGCCACGGGCCUCCCGCCCGCCGCCUCGCGAUGUCGGUGGCCGGGCUCAAGAAGCAGUUCCACAAGGCCAGCCAGCUGCUCAGUGAAAAAAUAAGCGGCAUCGAAGGGACGAGAUUGGAUGACGACUUUCUUGACAUGGAAAAGAAAAUAGACAUCACUAACAAAGCCGUCACAGAGAUUCUCUCGAGAACCACAGAAUACCUCCAGCCAAAUCCAGCCUACAGAGCCAGGCUGGGGAUGCUCAACACGGUGUCCAAGCUGCGCGGGCAGGUGAAGGCCACGGGCUACCCACAGACGGAGGGGCUGCUGGGUGACUGCAUGCUGAAGCACGGCCACGACCUGGGCAGCACCUCUACCUUCGGCGAGGCGCUGGUGGAGGUGGGAGAGUCCCUGAAGCUCAUGGCGGACGUCAAAGACUGCCUGGACAUCAGUGUGAAGCAGACCUUCAUCGACCCCCUUCAGCUUCUGCAAGACAAAGACCUUCGAGAGAUCGGGCACCACCUGAAGAAGCUGGAAGGCCGCCGGCUGGAUCACGAUUAUAAGAAGAAGCGGGCGGGUAAGGUGCCCGAUGACGAGAUCAAACAAGCAGUAGAAAAAUUUGAAGAGUCAAAGGAGUUGGCUGAAAGAAGCAUGUUUAAUUUUUUAGAAAAUGACGUGGAGCAAGUCAGCCAGCUGGCCGUGUUCGUGGAGGCCGUGCUGGACUACCACCGGCAGUCGUCCGAGAUCCUGCAGGGGCUGCAGAGCAGGCUGCAGGCGCGAAUCACCGCCGCCUCCUGUAUCCCCAAACGCGAGUACAAGCCCCGGCAGGUGCAGAGGAGCCCCAGCGAGCUCAGCGUGGUGUCCGCAGCGGGGCCCGCCAAGUCCACAGGCUUUGGGCACCGCCACCCCCUGCGCCUUCUCACAUGCGGAGCCCCACGGCCGGCCUCGAGCUCCUCUGUUAAGCCAGGCUCCGCGGGGCCUGCCUGACUCUGCCGGGCGUCUUCUGUGCCGCAUAGCCGUCGUCGCCGUUUUUAACCAGACAGAAGCGCCGUCAUGCAGCCAGCGAUGCCACCGAGAAAGCAGUUUCUCAUGGUGGGAAGCAGGCUGGGUUCCUGGGGCCCACCUCCUCCUCUUCCAGGAAGCCCUCGGGGAUAACACCGUGACACCUGUGAAAGCAUGGGUGUGCACACUUUCUGACCCUCGCUCGCCAGGCCUCCCUCUUGGGUGCCUCUGCUCUGUGCCAGCUCCGAGAGGCCUCCCAGCGAGGGGGCUUCCCCUCCCAGCGGGCGUGAAUACCCGUCUGUCCAGGCAGGAAUGGGCAUGGCUUUCCCAGGGGUGAGCCUGCUGGCCAGAGCUAAUGUACCUUUAGGUGAAGGUGGACGCCAGCCUCCCUGGUGUUUCUGGGCGCACAGCUCGUGCAGCCCCAUGUGCCUGCCUUCCUCUGGGCACCCUGAGGUGGGGGCUUUGCUCCGUGCCUCCCCAGCCUGUGCUGAGGGCUGAGCCUUGUGCCGCCCACCUGCUGAGAGCUCCUCUCAACUCUGCUCCUCUGGAAGUCCCUCCUCUCACCCUGCAGCUCAGUCUCACCCUUGUGAUGGGGGAGGG